UUUGCUAUCUUGUUGGAUAAAGAGCAUACAAUGUGUCUCUACGAGUGACACCAACAUUGUGUCAGAUUUAGAUAUGAGAGGCACGGCGUUCUUCAAUGGCACCAUCUAAACUCCUAGGCGACAAGCCUCUGAGAUGCGCGUUACUAGGGACGUCGACGCGACUAUGAUUUCUAUUCGCGAGUGGGCUGCCGUGAUGUACCGUGCAAAGUUCCAAGUUCUUGGGUUCGCAAGGGAUGUCUGGGGUAAAUUUCCGGGUAAAGGUGCCUGACGUAUGCUGCCACUUCUGGAGCUGUAGGGUAGCGAACACCAAGAGAAAUCGGAUUGUAUUCAUAGUGAUGUUUUCGCAUGGGUGUUGUUGAUUGAACACUCUUCGAAAUCUCCAUACUGGCGACUCGACGUAAUGGACAUUCGUUUCCUAGCUUCAGCAGCUGUUACAGCGUUAGCCACGGUUGGCCUUGCAAGUGCAACAGUAGGUGUAUUCGAUAUCAAUGACCUCCUGCAACCAGAUCUACAACAUGUCCUCGGUUCAGGCGGAACCCAUCACGAUGCGCCAUGGUCACACAAGCCAUACUGCAUUACCAGCUCGUAUCUUACCACAUUGGAUCAGGAAUACUGCGUCUACACAUCCAACACAACAGGCCCACAUGGCCUUUCCCUCGUCUUCUCCCCGGCUUCCGCGCAUUUAGCAACAAAAUAUCUCGACGACAACCCAAUCAAUAGUUUCCUAACGCAGCAAGACGCUGAACGUCUGUACCUUGGCGGCCAACCAUGGAAGAUCGUGGACGUACCUGGGAAAGCGAAAGGCGUAGUAGCUACUCGGAAGAUCAAGAUGUACGAGACAUUCAUGAUUGACCAAGCAGCUGUUGUGGUAGACGUAGAAGCCGAGAAUGCUUUGACCGAUGAGGAGAACAAGAAGUUGUUGAAGAGGGCGGUGGAUCAAUUGCUCGUGCCGGGUAUGAUUCGAGAUAUGAGUGCUGCGCAUGCCGGAAACAGAGGCGACGCCAAUGAAGGUGAUGAAGAACAGGACACAGAAGGGAGAUUGGAAGAAGAUAUCAUGAAGACAAAUUCUUAUGGAAGUACGGUGGCUGAGGUCAGCUCGAAGGCGUUAUAUCCACUAAUUUCACGAAUAAACCAUGCCUGCAACCCAAAUUCCUUCGUUCUCUUCUCUCGCGCUGGCGUCUCAAUGGCCAUAAAAGCCUACCGCGAUAUCGAACCUGGCGAGGAAAUCACCGUAUCCUGCCUCCCCUCUCCGAAACGCCAAUCUUUAAUAAAGCGCUGGGGUUUCAAAUGCACAUGCGACCUAUGUAGCCUCCCUACCCAAGAACGACAGGCUUCAGAUCUCCGCCGCACCGUGAUCGCGCAAGCCGAGGAAAAGAUCAUAGAACUAGCGCAAGAGUACAAACUCACCGAAGCGAUCUCUCUGGCAGUAGAAUCUGUGGAGAUGAUCAAGGAAGAGGGGAUUUGGUCCAUGUUGACUGAUGAGUACGCCAUGUUGGCGAUGCUAUGGUUGGAGAAGGGGGAUAAGGGGAAGGCGGAAAUGUACGGUAAGAAGACGCAUAGGCUGUUGGCAGACCUGGGAUUCUUGGGUAUUGGAGAGGAGAGGGAGGCGUGGAAUUUGGAGACGCUGUUGACGAACAUUGGAGGGCUGGGUGGUAUGGGGAAGGCAUGGAAGAAGGGCCCGUUGAGAGGCUGAGAGCAACCGUGGUUAGAGCAGCAUCAUUGCUUGAAGAUUAGCUGUAA